AUGGGCAACCACCACUCCGCCUCGCAUGCCGCCCUCAAGCCCCGGAAGAACGUGCACUGGAAGUCCGCAGGACGGCCUGCGGUGCCCGGAAAACCAGAUGUGAUACCGAUCCUAACUGAUGACGAGCCAAAUGCGGUGACACUUCGAUGGGCGCCGUCAACUCACGACGGAGGUGCGCCCCUGCUAGGCUACCAGGUGGAGUGUAAUAGGUUGGGCGGUGCGGACUGGGUGCGCACCGCUCCGCCACUCGUAGUGCGUCCCGAACUCGUCCUGACCGGCCUGGAACCCCCGCACCGAUAUCAGUUCCGUGUAGCAGCUUUAAACGCUGUCGGCCGUUCGGAAUAUAGCGAGCUCUCCGAUGUGCUCACCGUUAGCUUCGAACGUGCUCUCAAUGAGCCACCUAUCUUUCUCCAACAUUUGAAUGACGUCACAAUUCUCGAAAACGAGAAGACGGAAUUCCGGGUGACCUUCAGCGGCAUACCGACUCCAACGAUCGCCUGGUUCAAGGACGACUAUGAGAUUUUCAGCAGCCGACGUACGGCGAUCACUACAGACGAAACGUCGAGUGUACUGGUAUUCCAUCAGACUCUGGCCAGUGACGAGGGCGAGGUGAAGUGCACGGCCACCAACCGAGCCGGCCACGCCGUCUCCAGAGCCCGCCUUUCGCUCGAAGCGGCCCCGAAGCUCCGCUACCCACGCCAGUACGAGGACGGUCUACUCUACGAAAUAAACGAAACGGUCUUCUUAAAAACCACUAUAGUGGGAAAACCGACGCCGACAGUAGAAUGGCGGCACGAUGGCCAGCCGAUAGUCACCGACGAACGCGUAGAAAUCUCAAACACUCCCAAAUUUUCCGUAUUGAAAAUCCAUUCGGCGCGGCGAAGCGACAGGGGCGAGUAUCAGGUCAACGCGAAGAACAAUAUCGGAGAAGACACGGCGGCGUUCUUAGUAACAAUCACAGCACCCCCAGACCCGCCGCAGCGCGUGUCGGUGACCAGGCAGGUGGAUAAAUCGGUGACUCUGACAUGGGAGCCACCGGAAGAUGACGGCGGUUGCCGCAUCGGAAACUACAUAAUCGAGUACUACCGCGGAGGGUGGAACGUGUGGCUGAAAGCGACGACGAGCCGCAAGACUACCGUCACAUUGUUCGACUUGAUCGAGGGCAGCGAAUACAGAUUCCGGAUUAAAGCGGAGAGUCCUUACGGUAUGAGUUCGCCGAGCGUCGAAUCGGCUCCAGUGAAGAUACCAGGGAGGGCUGUGGAUAUGGAGUUCCUGGCUGUAGAAUCGAAAAUAAUCAGUCAGGUUUUGACGAAGGAGGAUGGGGAUGGAGGGCGUGUUUCCCCGGCGCCGCGCCGCAAGCGGCAGGGCAGCACCCCGGCCUCUCCGUCGCCAGCGCAGCGGGCUAGGUCUGCGUCACCAGCACCACCGGCACUUACUAUUCCUUCGGCCAAGGACCAGUCCGGUAGUAACGAGUUUAUGCUCGUGCUCUAUCCAGAUACUAAGGCGAACGAAAAAACAGAAAAGAGGAAGUCGUUUCAACUGGAAUUGGAGGAUGCACUGUCACCUCCACCACUGUCACUCUCGGCGCCGGAGUUGAGCGCACGCUGCGUACUUCCAUUCCGAGCUUUGCGCAAUGCUGUCAGCUCCACCGAGCUACUCCACGAAGCCGCGAUGGCUCGCUUCUAUAAAGCAGUCGCCAUGGAGCAAGCACAAAAUGCACACAACACUGACAUUCCCCACACCGACAUACACGAACACAAAGCUGAGCAGAAACUACCGGAAAUAGUCAUUAAACAGGACUCUACUGAAAAUAGUGGUCUCUCAAAACAAUCCUCUGUGGACGAACCGACGGACAACAAAUGGCAGCAGAUGUCUUUCGAUGAAGACUACACGGCUAGCACCGUCUCCACUGAUGAUGAUUAUUCGGAUGAUGGCAGCAUUAACGACGAUGUUGAUCGGGACGCUUAUUUAAACGAAGAGAAUACUUACAACCCACGCGAUAAGAUGGCUCGACCUUCGCCUCUGAAGGAGACCAUUGAAGAGGAAGAGGAAGAAUCCGAGAGAGAGGUCCUCAAACCCUUACCGUUGCCCGACCCCAAUUUCGUACCAAAACCAAUUUUAAAACGAAGAGAAACGGACACAAUCGACCUAAAACCCAUCGUCGAUGUAAUAAAACAAGACGAGAAAACAGUUGCACAGGAAAAAAUAAAAUUAAACGAAAAACCGAAAAAAGAAGAAAAAAUGACGAUAUUCCAAAAAAUUACUAAGAUGCCAGUGCAAAAGUCGUUUCCUUUCCCGAAGUUGUUAAACAAAGCAAAAGAACCAGAGAAAACGCAAGAUCAACUAUCGAAUAAUAACUCACAAAAACCAACAAAAAAGGUAGAAAAGGUACAGGACAAAAUUAGUGAAGAAGGAAGAACUGUAAUAGAUUAUUAUGGUAAUAUAGUUAAGGAAUAUGGUAGUCAUAAGAAACCAGCCACUCCAUUGUAUCUCAACACGGACGAACUUAAAAGUGUUGCUGAAAAACAACAAACUAAAGAAUUAGAAAAUGAUAAUAAAAAACUAACAAAACCGAAGAGAUUGGCAGUAAAGAAACCAACUGAAAAUAAUAUCGUACCUGCUAGACCAAGGACGCCAAACAAACAUACGCCUAACGCUAAAGCAGUAAAAGCUAAGACGGCAACAGGUAAUGAUAAAAUAAAGUCAAAGUCAAACAAUGCAAAACUGACACCACAGUCGAGCACUGAAAAAUUGAAAACUGACAAAAACAUAAAAUUACCACAAAAUCAAUCUCAAGAACAGAAUAAAAAAUAUACUAAACAAGUGGUUCUGAGAAAGGCAGAGAGAGCGACCAUUAUAAUACCAAUUGAUUAUCAACAAUUGGAGAAACAGGCGAAGGUGACUGUACGUUCAGCCAUCGACUACACUGUGGACAUGUGCCUGCUCUUACUAGCUUUUUGGGUGUAUUUCUUUAAGGACGAACGGCUCGCCAUCCCGUUUCUAGUACUGAUCAUAUAUCGCCAGGUGCAGGAGACCCUGCUGGCGAGGUUCCCCACCUGGGUUCAGCGUUACACCCCUAACUGGCUCAAGAAAAAAGCUUCUUGA